UCAAUAUUCAGAAUGCUUAGUUACGAAGAAUUGGCAGUUAAAGCUUCACAGUUGGAUGAGAAAAUCAACGAGAGUUUAGUAAAAAAGGAGUCACUUAAAACUCAAGAAUUGGUUUCAAACUCUAAAGCCAGUUAUCAGCGAAGUGCUUACUUGAAGAAGCUGCAUGAAAAGUUGAAUUUAGUGAUAAUGAGUAGAAAUAAAGCUCAUGAAGCAAACAAACGUUUACUGAGUGAUUUUGACAGGAUUCAAAAGCAUUUAGCCCUCAUGGAUUCAAAAACAGAAAUUUUAAUGUCUAAGGUCGAUAAUCAAAAGACUUUCUUGGACACUCAUUACCCUAACUGGCGUGAAAAGGCUAAUAUGUUUGUUUCCCCAUCGUAUAUCUCACAAGAGAAUAUGUUCAACAUGUUGGACACUUUGAGAUGUCGACUAAAGGAGUCAGAAAAUGUGUCAUUUCAGAACUUUCCUCCAAGCAGUAAGUUGAACUUAGAUGGCCAUCAAAGUCUUGCAUCAAUGUUGGUAAACGAGAAAAAUGGUGAAAGCAGUAUAUCUAGCCACAACUCUAAGUUAAAUAAAGAUGUCAGUACGGAAAAUAUUGUCAAGAGUGAUGAUAAAAAAAGAACUAAUCCCAAUCGAUCAAUCAAAGUUAUGACUCAGAAAGAGCCACAUAUAACCUCAAACAUCCAUGUUGAAAAAACAGAUACAUUAACUAACAUUACUGAAUCUGUUGAACUACCUUCAAAUUUAAGAACAGAUCUAACUGUUGGAACUGCUACAGAGGAGGCUCUUUCUCCUAGACAGAGCCUUGAAUUCUCAGCUGAGAAUACAACUGAAGAUACAUCUGUUGUUGAUCCAUUACAAAAUGCUCAGAAGUUUUCAUACAAGCUACCUGAUACUAGGUAUGAUGAUGAAGAAUUGGAUACAGAUUUUUCUGAAGGCAACAUCGAAAACAUGCUUAGUCCUGCAAAAAAACCUGCCACGUCUCCAGUACAUUCACCCAAAGAGCAGCCAAGACGUAGCUCAAAAGAGAACAUUAUUGAUUCACCAGGUGGUUCAGUUGAUACUGUGAUUAAGUCACCACCUGGAUAUCAGAAAAACAAAGCCGCUGUUAAAUUGUCGACUCCUAUCAGCAAGAUGGUGGAUAACAGUGCUCACGAAGACACCGAACAAGACCACAUCAGUAAGUCUGUCAUUACCCCGAACAAAAGAAAAUCAGCACUAGAUCGGUUAAAUGAGUCCUCAGAUUCUGACAUUGCGUUCAAUGACAAUAGUGUACACAAAGAAAGGUCUGCUCCCGACAGUGAGGAUGAUUUUGAUUUUUUUGACUGAAUUAAAUAUGAUCUAUUACAGAUUGUAAACUUUUCCUGAGAUUUUCCUGUAAGUUGUGUUGGAAAGUUGCCGCGGUGAGAGUUAAUGACCUGUAAUAUUACUAUUAACAAACAGUUUACCAUUGACAAUAGUUUUGUGCCACCAGCAGUUUUAUUGUAUUCAUUCAGUACCUUCAAUGUGAACAAAACAUAUUGUGGACAGUGCAUAAGAGUAAUACAAGAGUCGCCUCAUUAUCGUGUGUCCAUAAUAAUCCUCACUGUUUACUGUGCAUUUUAUCUCCCUCUCAUUGAAUAAGUUACUGAGUCUUGUUAACCUACGUAACUUUUAUUUGUUAUUAUCCAUAUAUUUAAACUUAUGGUGCCCC